UUUUCGUCAGUCGGGCUCGGAUCGCAGUCGCGUGAAGUGUGUUUUUAGUGUAUUAUUUUGUUCAAGUGUUUGGAUUUCUCACUGAAAAAAUUAAGGGAGAAAAAGAGAAAUAUAUAGAGAUAGAGAGAGAGAGCAAACGAAUCAUAUUCGAGUCGUGCAGUAACAUCAUAAUAUUACAUGAGAAUUAUUCAAGCACCAGUAAUUCCUUGAUGUAAAAAAAAAUUUUUUUCGCUUUUGCCAAGAAACGAAGAACCUCUCCGUGAGAGAAAAUAUUGCAUGUUCUCGCGGGCCCGAUAACAGGAAAUAUAUAGACAGGAUAAUAUGAAAGAUUGGAAUACUUGGCAGUGUAAAGUUAUCGAACUGUACUCCAAUGGAAUACGAAAGAUAGUCUAGUAUGUCUUGACAAGUAAAGAGUGGUUUUUCAUCGGCGGUUUCGGCAGCCAAGGGUUCUCCAAAAUGGCGGGAGGUCAACUUCCGGAACAGUAUGCUGUAACACAACUGACGAGAUUUUUUCACAAUUUGCCCCAUCUCAAUGUAUCUCUUCACUCCAUCAAUAAUACAUUUAAUCAUCGUUCUGAAAUUUAUCUCGAGAGUCUCGGUAUAUUGGGAAGUAUACCCGCUGCUUGGUUAAUUUUCACCCUCUUGGUACUAUUGGUUUAUCUUGUGACAAGAUGCUGCGACCGAAAGCCUCGUCACAGAAGAUCUAUAGCUCUUCUAAAAUGUUCCCUAGCAAUUUUUGCUCUAUUUUGCUGUGGCGCUGUCGCCGUUGGUCUUUAUGGAAAUGACGACGUACACAAUGGAAUUAUACAAUUAAUCACCGCGGUUAAACAUAUGAACGAUUUAAUUAUGGAUGCUGUCAAUCAGACCGACAAAAUUGAGCAAACAGUGCAAAAACGAAUCUUGCCACAAAUGACUACACUUGAGGAUGAGUUCGACGCUCCGGCUAAUAAUAAAACAAUCUUGGAUUUAUUAUUAAAAGCAUUGGAGAGAAUGAACCAAAAUGCAACUAUUGUUGUGAAUCGUAGCUAUGAAAUUGGAGCGCCUUUGAAUGGAGUUGGCCUAGCUUAUAUUAUUUUACUUGUUGAAAGAAUCGAACAAUUAAGAUGGCCUAUUACAAUGGCUGUGCUCAGCGUUCUUCUUAUUCUAUGCGUGGUUCUGCUGGUCGGAGUCGCGCGCCAUUCCAGAUGCGCUCUUAUCACAUUUUCCGUUUUUGGCCUAUUUGCGAUAAUAAUCUCCUGGUUAAUGACGUCAAUGUAUCUUGCGACAUCAGUUGCUCUUGGCGAUUUAUGUAUGUCACCAGAUGGAUUUUUCAUAUCAAUGACAGCUGACAAUCCAAAUCCCGAUGAUUCAAAACUUGUUUCAUAUUAUUUACAAUGUGAAAGCACACUCAAUAAUCCAUUUACACGAAAAGUUCGCGAAGGUAUGAAUGCAACGGAUAACAUGAGAAAUAAUUUGAAAACUAUGAAAUUAUUGGCUGAACAACUUUAUAAGGAUCAACAAUCAACAAAACUUGUCAGCAUUAAUAAUGAAAUCAAUACUCUCGAUAGACUUUGGACAGGAUUACAGGCAUUUCUUGAUUGUAAACCAUUUUAUAAACAGUAUACAACAGUUGUCAAGAGCCUCUGUCAUUUAGGAUUAUACGGCCUCACGUUUAUGUUAGCGGCGAGUCUUGCGGCUGGUUUUCUAUUCACGAUUCUUGUUUGGGUUGAUUCGCACACUUGGAUCUAUAUUAGAAAACGAAGGGAUUACCACCAGGUCGAAGAGCAGGAUCCAUUUUUACCACCAUCGGCAGCAUCGCAGGCGAUAGCAGCAAGGACUCUCCGUGGCCAAGGGUCGUACCCGCCUACAGCUCCUUCUCUUAAUCCAAAUAUUCAUGGCAAUCAUAAUACUAUUAAGCAGCCUCUCCUGCUAACGCCGCCCCCGCCGUCCUACGCUACUGCGACAGCUCGAGCACGCCAGCUGCACGAGAGCAUGUUAAAAGGUGGGGGAAUCAAUGGAAGUGGAGGAGAUCACAAAACUCAACAUAAUCAACACUCGACGAGCGGACGGAAUGAUCACCGCACUGGACUCGAUCAACCUGGCCAGUACGCGACUUUAAGCAAACAAUGCAAAACCCUCGAAUCGAGUGAUUUCUACUGAGGACACGCCCCCUCGGGACCGGGAAGAGAACCACCUUGGACUCCGAGUGUGGCAUCAUUCACCGGUACCCUGUCCCACAAUUCACAUGGACCCGCUCAUUUGGCAACAUUUCAAGAUUCACGUAAAACACAAACAUUGGAUCCAAAAAAUUUGGCAAAUUUAAAACGUGGACCAACUCCAGCCUGGAAUCAAAAUCGACCAUUACCACCAAAUCCAAUAAAUCAACCAACAUGGGAAUUUGAAUCACGUUCACAAACAAAUAUGAAUCAAUUUCGUUCAUUAGUGAGAAAUAAAGCGCCCAAUAUUCGUAUACAAGAUCAAGUUCAAGAUCAAGUAAGAACAUUGGAUCGUAAUUUUUCACGUGGACAAUUUAAUGAUACUGGUCAAAAUAAUGCCGUUCCAAAUAUGUAUGGUACGUAUAAUCGUGCUCAUAAUAGACAGGAGAAAUCUGUUGUUCCAACAUUGAGCCAGGUACAAGGAAGCGAUCCAAAUCUGUACGCUGUUACAGAAUUGUAAUUUUAAUUUUUUUUUUAUGUUUCUUUUCGGUAAAUUAAUACCAACAAAAAGCGAAUAAACCAAAGAUAUUGAUAUAAUAUCUAUUCUAUGUUAUACGGGUCUGGACAGAUUAUUUUUCGCCAUAACGAGGGGGCGUAAAAAAAAAAAAUCGGAAAUGAAAAAGAGAAUUUCUUUUUUGAAAAAAAAGGGGGGCGAAUUGAUUGUAGUUAAUGUGUAUCUGUUAUCGUGUACAGUGGCCAUUGUAAACUUUAUCAUUUUUCCUUUUGAAAGCGAAUUCUACAUGCGAUCUAGUGCUUCUUUCUUUUUUUUUUCUCUCUUUAUCAAAAGACUGCAGAAAAAAAAAAAAUAUUCUUCGACAUUGACUCAUUUGAGAUUUACUGUGAGAAUACCAAAAGACACUUUUUAUACGAUCUUUUUUACACUUUAAUAUCCGUAAAAAAAUUUUUUGUAGUUCAUUUUUCCGUUACUAUAUAUAUUAAACGUAAAAAUAGUAAAUAUAAAUAUAUAAAUAUAUUAUAAAUAUUGAAAUAUAAAUAUAUAUAUACAGAAUAUUAAAAUUAUUGAGAAAAAAAAAACGAGUUACCGUACGAUGCGACGAGUGAUAACAGUAUUUAUUCUAUUUGAUAGAGUCGGAGAGUCAAUCAUUUUUGAAAAAAAAAACUCCUGAAUACUGCCAUUCCUCAGGCAAUUACAUUUUAAGUACAAAAAAAAACACUUGUUUUUUGAACUUGGAUCUUUUCUAUACUCUUUGUAAAAAAAAACGCUUUAUUUAAAGCAUGUACGAAUUCGAUUUAGUUUUCCAACGAACGGGACCUAAACGUUAAGAAAAAAAAAAAAAAAGUCUAAGGUCUUUCAUCUAGACCUACUGGACUUCAAUUUAUCGUAUAUAAAAGACUUUGCAACGAAACUUGAUGACUUUCUAUUGAUCUAUUCCGCACAUCACUCGGCCAAUCUGUAAAUACGUGAGGUAGUAAGCUAAUGGCAUAAAUGUGUAAAGUGUGAUAAUUUAAAAAAAAAAAAUCUAAUCUAAAUGUUGAUGUUGUGAGACGCGCUCAAGAGGAUUUCUUAUUUAAAAAAUUUUUUUAAAAAAAGAAUCUUCAUUAUGAGACCAGAAAAUAUUCGACCUAAAAUUACAGAAAAAAUACCGCUUGCCAAACAACGGGGAAACACUUAGUGCCAUUCCAUUAAGAUUUAAAAAAAAAAAAAAACAAUAAA